AUGGCGGCCUCGACUGCUUCGCACCGGCCCAUCAAGGGAAUCUUGAAAAGCAAGACCUCCACGACUUCCUCGGUGGUGGCCUCGGCCGAACAGCCCCGCCGGAACGUCGAGGAGGAACUGAGUAAAAAAUCCCAGAAGUGGGAUGAGAUGAACAUCCUGGCAACAUAUCAUCCGGCAGACAAAGAUUAUGGUUUAAUGAAAAUAGAUGAACCAAGCACUCCUUAUCAUAGUACGAUAGGUGAUGAUGAAGAUGCAUACAGUGAUUCAGAAGCCACUGAAGCCAUGACUCCAGGUAUCUUAGCUAAGAAAUUAGCGGCUGCUGAAGGCUCUGAGCCAAAGUGUCGAAUUCGGGAACAAGAAAGCAGUGAAGAGGAUAAUGACCUCUCACCUGAAGAGCAAGAAAAGAAGCGACAAUUUGAAAUGAAAAGGAAGCUUCACUACAAUGAAGGACUGAAUAUUAAAUUAGCUAGACAAUUAAUUUCAAAAGACCUACAUGAUGACGAGGAAGACGAAGAAAUGUUAGAGACUGCGGAUGGAGAAAGCAUGAAUAUUGAAGAGUCAAAUCAAGGAUCUACUACAAGUGACAAACAGCAAAGCAAAUCGCAAAGUUCAUAGAAGAAAUUUGUUCACCAUUGCAGUUGUUUUGUCAAAUACAAACCCUGUUGUUAUAAUACACUGCUUCUUGUUCUAUACAAUUCAUGACUUACAUACCAAAAUGCAUAACAAUUAUUAUAUAUUGCCAAG